AUGAAAUUUAAACAAUAUGAUGUCUGUGAUUUAUUAGGUCGGCAGCGAACUAGUUUCGGUAAAGAUAAGCUCCAGCUACUACAUACGCAUGAUCUCUUUAUACGACAAACCUAUUUCCAUACCUACAACCCAUCUAGUAAGAGAGAGCAUAAUGUAGUUAGUCGUCGACUCCAAGCCAUUCGGCAAUUAAGUCCUUAUAUCUGGAUCUUGGUGGCUACCAGCCUGACAUUCUCCCAUAUAGCACGGCUCAAGGAUUUUGAUGAAUGCAUUAGGAGGAUAGCGGAUUGGAAGGAUAUCCAUCCUAUCCCUGGACACCUAGAAGGAAGGGCUCGUGCUAUAUUAGAAGGACUUGACGAGCAAAGGGACAGAAUAAUUCGGGGUACGACACAAGACUAG